AGAUGAUGUAUACUUAUAAGUAUAUAAGUAUAACUUCCGCUUUAGUGAAGUAAACAUGGCUCCUACGGUAGCUGUCAUCUAUUGUCUUGCACUCGUUUUGGCGAUUUCAAAUGUCGAUUCAGCAAGUAAUUAUUACGGAUCCGCGAGAGUUGAGAGCUGCGGUGGUUGCACUCUGAACCGGCUGUCAGAUGUAAAGGAUUUUAUCUACAAAGAUGUACCUAAUUACAAUAAUGUUGAAUUCAAAUAUAUUCGAGGUGCUGCCCCAGAGCUUGUACUCCUUAAUCAUAAUAAUGAGGAAGUGGAAAGGUUACCAUUGUCAAGCCUGACUCGGAAUGAAUGCAAUGAUUUGUUAAGUUCUAAAGGUUUUACUAAGAAAACAACAAGAGAUGAGAUAUAG